GCGCGUUCACGUUAAGGGCCGUUACAUAGUCGACGCGAGCAACGUGCGUAAACGACGCGAGUGACGCGAGCGACGCGCUUCCUUUCAUAGUCUACACAGCAUACGCGAACGUCGCGGGCGUAGUGGUGUAUUGCAUUACAUGCAAUACACCACUUACGCCACGGGCGGCAGCAGAAUCGCCGGUGUUUCGCGGCUUAUAUUGCGGGUGACAUUCCGAGUGCCAUUCCGAUCAAAAUGUCUACGGAAGAAGAGUGCAUUUUAUUGCUCCUUUUACAUCGGCAACGACAACGCAGGAAGCGCAGAGAUAGGCGGUGGUAUGUGCGCCCUUUGAAUACCACACGAGAUCGGGAUGGGGAAUUUGUUUCUCUGGUGCUUCCAAUGCGAAGCCUGGACGAGGAGAGGCAUUUCCAAUAUUUUCGUAUGUCGGCGCCAAAGUUCGAUGAUCUCCUUUCGCGAGUCAUCCGUAAUCUUCCAGACUCUCACCAAAACCACCGGAACCCGAUCGGGGCUUCCCAAAGGCUUGCCGUUACCUUGAGGUACCUGGCAACCGGCAUCGGCCUGCAAGCUCUUUCGGCCAGCUACAAGAUGGGCACCAGCACUGUGUCGGGCAUCGUGGAGGAGAUGUGUUCUGCCAUCUGGGACGCCCUUCAGGGGGAGUUCAUGGCCUUUCCUUCCCGCGGUCAGUGGCAGGACAUAGCGGAGGACUUUUGGAGGCAGUGGCAGUUUCCCCUGUGUGUCGGGGCGAUUGACGGGAAGCAUGUCAGACUCAGAGCUCCAGCACGAUCGGGAAGUGACUUCUAUAAUUACAAAGGUUUUUUUUUCAAUUGCCCUCAUGACUGCUGCUGAUGCCAACUAUAGAUUUAUUCAUGUAGACGUUGGCGCAUACGGGCGUGAGAGCGAUGGAGGUGUCUUGGGUCGCAGUGCCUUCGGAUCCAGACUGGCAGAGGGCAACCUCAAUCUACCCGCCCCUGCUGUCCUACCAGGCACCACAACGCCCAGUCCUUAUUUUUUUCUGGGGGAUGAGGCCUUUCCCCUACAGGUGAACCUGAUGCGUCCCUAUCCAGGUACUAACCUGCAGGAUAGGAAGCGCAUCUACAACUACCGACAGGCCAGGGCGAGACGCGUAGUGGAGAAUGCCUUUGGCAUAUUGGCUGCGCGCUUCCGAAUCUUUGGCCGUCCAAUUGACUGCCAACCUGAAAAGGCGGUGAAAAUUGUGAAGGCGUGCGUGGCUCUCCACAACUUCCUGGCAUCCACCGAACGAGCCAGAUACAUGCCCGCCUCCUUUGUGGAUAGGACCGCUGACACCGGAGAGGUCCAGCCUGGAGAGUGGAGGCAGCAUGUUGAGGGGGACCGGAAUAUGGUUGACGGACCACGGUGUUCGGUCGGCAGAGCCAGACCAUCUCUAGACCAUCUCUAA